AUGGCUAUCGAACUAGGGCUAUCUAGGAUUUCGAAACUGCUCAAAUAUGCUGGUAAUCCGCAAGACAAUUUGAAGGUUUUGCAUGUUGCAGGCACUAACGGGAAGGGCUCUGUAUGUUCCUAUAUGGCCAAUUUGCUAUCGCAUGAGAAGAAAAGAACUGAGAACAGGAUUGGUAAGUUCACUUCUCCUCAUUUGAUUCAUAUCACCGACUCUAUCAUGGUGAAUAACAAAUCUAUUCCAUUGGAUGACUUCAAUUUGAUUCGAAAAUCAUUGAGUAAGAUCAACGAAGAGCAUUCGUUGCAUUGUUCAGAGUUCGAGUUACUGACUGGUAUAGCACUUUCCUAUUUUAGACAACGUGAGUGUACUUGGUGUGUCCUGGAAGUUGGAUUGGGUGGUAGGUUGGAUGCCACGAAUUUCAUACCAGGUUCUCAGAAAUAUGCAUGUGGUAUAACAAAGAUUGGACUGGAUCAUGAGUCGUUCUUAGGAACUACUUUGAAACAAAUAGCUUUCGAAAAAGCAGGUAUAAUUAGGGAAGGUGUUCCUUAUGCAGUUAUUGAUGGAUCCAAUUCAGAAGCCAUCAUUGACGUUGUAAGAAAACAAUGUGAAUCUGUAAGCUGUACUUUGAAAAUAACGAAUCCUUCAAUAAGUGAUAAUUCCAUUGAAUCAGUCUCUUGGGGUACUUUUAAACCAAAGAAAUUACCAUUAAAUGGUGAAUAUCAAAUUUUCAAUGUAAGGGUUGCUGUUUCGAUUCUAGAUCAUCUACAACAAUCUGGGGAAAUAUUUCUUUCAAAAGAUGAUUUGCUCCAAGGAUUGACUUCUCUGGAUUGGCCGGGGAGAUUACAGAGAAUCGACUACCAGUAUCACAAGAAUAAUUCGAUGUCAAUAUUAAUGGACGGUGCACAUAAUGGAUCUGCCGCUGUGGAGCUGGCAAAGUUCAUAAAACAAGAACAUAAAGAUAAACCACUAACUUUCGUUACUGCAGUCACCUCUGGGAAAAAAUUAGGUCCCUUAUUUGAUCCACUAAUUACCUCUAAAGAUAAAGUGAUAGUUACAAGAUUUGGACCUGUUACAGGAAUGCCCUGGAUUCAGCCUACUGAUCCAGAACAAUUGGCAUGUUUCUUGAAAGAACGUUAUAACUGUGGCGUAGAAGUACAGCCGAAUGUUCAUGAGCUAUUUCCUAACUUGGCCAAGCAGUCUAGGGAUUCACCUGUCAUCGUUUGCGGGUCCUUAUAUCUAUGUGGUGAAUUGUUAAGAAUUCAUAACCAUAAUAUCAGUAACAAAUCAUAA